CCGGUUACACUAGUCACCAAGCAAACGCAGGCAGUGAACAUUAAAGCUUGAAGCUCUCGUCAUGGAUUGUUCAACCCUUCUUCUCCUAACGGUUGGUUUUUGCUCUACGUUUGUCAACACUGCUCCAACCUUCGACAGUCGUCACUUCGAUGUUGAUGGAUUUCUUCAAACAUAUGGAUUUACUAUGCAGUUGGCUAAAGAAAUCAAAAGCACGGCUCCACAGGACUCAAGGAAGAAAGCAAUUAAAUUAUUUCAGAAAUAUUACGGGUUAGAAACGACGGGUUUGGUUGAUGAUGCAACGUUCGAGUUGAUGACGUCAUCAAGAUGCGGUGUUCCCGAUAACCCUGAAAUCUUAGCCAGUUAUGAUGACAACACCAAUACCACGAAGCCUCUCGCCUACAAACUGACAGGUCCUAAAUGGAAAUAUUCAACUAUUCGAUGGGGAAUUUCCCAGUUUACAAGCCAGCUGCAACGUGAAUCACAACGAAAGAGUUUGACUGAUGCGUUUCAACGAUGGCAAGCUGUGUCUGACCUCAAAUUUGUCUAUUCCGAAGACAAGCCAGAUAUUGACAUCAGAUUUGUCUCCCGGGAUCAUGGCGACGGAAGUGCUUUUGACGGACGAAGCAACAAGAUGAAAGGCAAUGUGCUUGCUCACGCCUUUCCCCCCGGAAGUGGAGGAUUGUCUGGAGACGCCCACUUUGACAACGAUGAGCUGUGGACGAUUGACGUUGACAACAAAGACUGGGAAAGGAAGUACUUAGAGAAAGUUGCUGCGCACGAGUUUGGCCAUUCGCUCGGCUUGCAGCACUCAAACGUUGAUGGGGCACUUAUGAGCGCUUACUACUCAGGCGUCAAGAGAACAUACGACCUCUCUGAUGACGACAUCAAUGCCAUACAAUAUUUAUACGGAAAGCCAGAUGGAUGGUUUCCAACGCUAGGAGGUUUCGUACCAACACGAGCUCCCACAGUUCCAACGUGUAACAGUCUCUUCCAGGCUGUUGUGUGGGGUACUGACAGAAAGGCAUAUGGGAUCUACAUGGACCUAGCAUAUGCAAUCAAUGACGGGCGGUAUGCUCAAGGUAUCCCACAGAGGCUGCAGACUGUGUUCCCUGGAGCACCCGUGGAGGUGGAUUUUGCUUUCACGAUGAACCAAAACAGACGAACAAAGACCUUCAUGUUUAUGGGUCCUAGCGUUUGGCGGUUUACAGGAUAUACCCUCGACAGGGACUACCCCAAGGGCUUCAAUGUCGGCCAACUGCCAGAACCGCCGAUCUCAGCUGUAGCGGUGGCUGAAAAUGGCCUCCCGUCCAUAUUCAUGUUUGGGCGAACAAAAUGGUGGAUCUGGGACGAGACCCACUACAACGUGGUACGUCCAAAGGGAUUGGACUUUCAAGGUUUCUGGUCUCACAAUCCUUCCAAAUAUCCCCUUGUCACAAAAUAUACUGACGGGGACGUAUAUUUUAUUCACAACGAUAAUCACGUGAGGUUGAACGCACGAACUGCCAGGAGUGGAUAUCCAAAGAAGGGGGUACCCGAGUGGAUACUCCAGUCUUGUCCGAACACGGCAACAACAGCAAGCAGGACGGACUAUAUUGGCUCCAUCGUAUGUGCCCUGUUAUUGCUGUGGACAACUAUAUGGAGGCACUAAUCAUAUGUACAUUGACUCUUUGCUCAAAGUUUUAUAUUUCUCUCAGGACGCAUCCAACAUUACUUGGAAUUUCCGUUAUCAUAUACCUUUGUGGAUAAAAGUACGAUUCAGAGAAUCAGUAAAUUAUAAACAAUUGCACUGAAUUCUUAGCGACCGACUCUUUGAUAAUUCAGUGGGUACGGGGCCUUGGCCUUGGUUCAUAGUUUUCAUUAAAAAUAUAUCUUGUUGUGCACCUGUAGCCGAAAAAAUAAGAAGUUAGGCUCAUAGUUUACAUUAAAACUUUAUCUUGUUGUGCACCUGUAGCCGAGAAAAUAAGAAGUUAGGCUCAUAGUUUUCAUUAAAAAUAUAUCUGGUUUUGCACCUGUAGCCGAAUAAAUAAGAAGUUAGGCUCAUAGUUUUCAUUAAAAAUAUAUCUGAUUUUGCACCUGUAGCCGAAAAAAUAAGAAGUUAGGCUCAUAGUUUUCAUUAAAAAUAUAUCUGAUUUUGCACCUGUAGCCGAAUAAAUAAGAAGUUAGGCUCAUAGUUUUCAUUAAAAAUAUAUCUUGUUGUGCACCUGUAGCCGAAUAAAUAAGAAGUUAGGCUCAUAGUUUUCAUUAAAAAUAUAUCUGGUUUUGCACCUGUAGCCGAAUAAAUAAGAAGUUAGGCUCAUAGUUUUCAUUAAAAAUAUAUCUGAUUUUGCACCUGUAGCCGAAUAAAUAAGAAGUUAGGCUCAUAGUUUUCAUUAAAAAUAUAUCUUGUUGUGCACCUGUAGCCGAAUAAAUAAGAAGUUAGGCUCAUAGUUUUCAUUAAAAAUAUAUCUUGUUGUGCACCUGUAGCCGAAUAAAUAAGAAGUUAGGCUCAUAGUUUUGAUUAAAAAUAUAUCUGGUUUUGCACCUGUUGCCUAAAAAAUAAGAAGUUAGGCUCAUAGUUUUCAUUAAAAAUAUAUCUUGUUGUGCACCUGUAGCCGAAAAAAUAAGAAGUUAGGCUCAUAGUUUUCAUUAAAAAUAUAUCUUGUUGUGCACCUGUAGCCGAAAAGAUAAGAAGUUAGGCUCAUAGUUUUCAUUUAAAAUAUAUCUUGUUGUGCACCUGUAGCCGAAAAAUAGGAAGUUAGGCUCAUAGUUUUCAUUAGAAAUAUAUCUUGUUUUACACCUGUAGACGAAAAAAUAUUUAGCCUCCGAACAAAAUCACAGCCCCUCCCCCCUCCCCUCUCUUACCACACCCACUCACCAGAAUACAAAAGUUUCCCUUAUAAUAGUAUACCUUUUUGAGACCUAUUCUGCAGUGUGUAAGGAAGUGAACGAAACCCAGUAAUAAUCCUGCUAUAAAGCGGUGGUGGCUAGGCCCGGAAAACAGUUACUGAAAACAUGAGCAACGGUCGAGUCGGACCACCCGAUCCACUUUAGUCAGCAUUUAACAAAUCAUACUUGGGCCCAGAUCUGCACCGGACCUCAAGUGCCAUGGAAACACAUCCAGCAAUCUUACAUAAACUAUAGGCAAAAUAUAAGUACAUACUAUUUUUAGAUGUAAUAAACACUAAGUUUGUUAGGUAUCCACAUUUGUUUUUACGAUAGCAUUAAUGUUAACAUGAUACUUUAAAUAUUUAUGCAGUACUUAUAUAUAUGUAUAUAGAGCAUGUAUAUGAAAUUAUAUAUAAAUAUAUGUGCAUGUAUAUAUUUUGAGAUGCAAAUAAUACAGAUGGGGUAGUGCUGUAUAACUUUGUGAAGAGACUUUCUAUUAUUGUAAAUAACUUUGUUCAAGAAUAAUGAAGGAUUGUAAAAGAUUCUUAUGUGUAUGACCGUAUUUAUGUAAUGAAUGGAAUAAAUCAGUAUUGUUUAUGUA